CGCAGCCUCCCCAGACGCUCUGUAGCUUUUUGAAGCUUUUCGCUUGUUUUUAGUCACUUCACUGUCGCGUCAUUCACGCUACCUAUAACCUCACGGCGAUUUUUGGAUUUACACCCGGAUCCGAUCUCUGUCAUCGCUUGGGUCGUCGAUUUAAGUGAUUCGAGAUCUGAAUCGAAAUUUCACUCCACUUCGUGGAAAAUGGACAACUCUGAUGUUAAAACAGCUACUUUUGACUCACAGGGGUACAGUCCAACAUACAAAAGGAGAAGGACAGUGGAAGAUUUCAACAAGUUUUGUACAUUCGUCUUGGCCUAUGCGGGUUAUAUUCCAUAUCCACAGGAGGAGGCGCCGCUCAGGAGCAGCUCGAGUCCUCCUAACAGCACGGGGAGCACAGCAGACAGCGACAGCCUUUCCUCUCCUGAUAAGCAUCUGCACAAAAGCCGCAAAAGCUUCAGCGGCUUCAAGAGACCUGCAAGUGACGAGCCUGAGCUUCACAAGCGGCCCAAAUCCACAAGCUUCCUCCUCGAGGGAUGCAAGAAAACCGAUAAAAUGAAGAAGAAGAAAAAGAAGCCAAUGGAGAACAGCAAAUCCGACGAGUCCGCAUCUUUCCUGCCGUUUUCCUCAGACACCAGAGCGGAGAUUUCUUCUUUCAGUCGGGCUGUCAAGGAGGAGCCGGAGGAUUACAUCAGCAUCUCUUCACCAUCAUCUUACCCAGAGCGCUCCACUCACCCCGGCACCAGCUCUCCGCUCAGGUUCACAGGCUCCCACGGCACCGUAGGCUGCAAAAAGGAACCAGAUGCCGAGCGGGCGUGCUGGGAUUCCUCGGCUAGCUCGGGAACAGAGUCCAGGGGCGAGAGCAGGGAGAGGCUUGCGCUGCCCGAGGGAGAAGCCGUGGUGAUGAAGAUGGAGGGAUUCCCCGGCACUAGAACGGUGAUACGCCAGGGAAAGCAGGUGGUGUUCCGAGAUGAAGACGGUUCCGCAGACGAUGAGGACAUCAUGGUCGAUUCAGACGACGACUCAUGGGACCUGGUGACAUGUUUCUGCAUGAAGCCGUUCGCCGGCAGGGCGAUGAUUGAAUGCAACCAGUGCAACACCUGGAUCCACCUGUCCUGCGCCAAAAUCCGCAAAUCCAACGUCCCGGAGACAUACACCUGCCAGCAGUGCAAAGACUCCAAAUUUGACAUUCGGCGCUCGAACCGUUCGCGCAUGGGCUCUCGAAAACACCUUCUAGACUGACGGUGUAUGCGCCCCUCCCCUGAGGACGAACUCCCAUCAAGACAGGAGAAGAAUUCCAAAGAGGAAGGGCUCUGACUAACUAACAUUUUUUUUCCUUUUUUUUUUCUUUUAUAUAUCGUCCUCCUUCCUUUUUUAUUCUUUUUUUUUUUUUUUUUUUUGGAGCGUAAGGCAAUCAUAACCUUAGAUAAUGCAUUACCAAGAAAAGAUUCUGCAGAUGCUUGAAAACGGACACCAUGUUUUCUUUCACGAGACACUUUCAGGAAGAGGAACGAGGACGAUGGAUUGCACAUUUUUUUUUUUUUUUAAGGGAGCGUAUGUACCCAUAGCUUUGAAACGUAUGUGUGUUUGUUCAAAGUGUUACAUUGAACUUGUUUAACUUUUUGGAAGCCCAAAAUAUCUCAGGAACUGAGAUGGGGUUACAGUGACAACACAGUACGCAAUCUGCCCUUGAGCGAAUAAUUAAAGAUUUUUUUGUUUGUUUGUAUUUGUCCUCAAAGCAUCCUGUCCUUAAGGUGUCUAAAAAGCGUCUCACAUGAUGUACUUCACAUCCAGGACGUCCAGUUGUGAAUUUUCUCCUUCACUGUUAUUAAGGUCUCAGCAAAAACUGCCUAAUGUGUUCUUCACACGCACUUUGUCUUACUUCAUUGUGACCUUUGACCCGAGUGGCAUAUUUUACAGUAUAUUUGCCCAGAAGCAAAAACAAAAUGACUUUAAAGUACAUUUUAUUUGUGUGUGUGUCUGUUCAGAUUUUUGGCAACUUUGGAAACAUGUACGUGGCCCUGAUUUUGAAGAUUUAUUACCUUAACUUAAUUUUCACUCGUACUCAGCAAAUAUUUUCCAGAUUCUAGCUAGUUUUUGUAUUAUUUUGUAUUUAUUUUUUAUUAUUAUUUUUCCCCGUACUGCAAUCGACUUGACCCAGCACCAACUUAUCAACAAUUAGAGUUGGAAUUCUCAUUUGUCUUUGUCCUUGGUUUGAACACAGCUGUAGUCAAACACACCCCACUGCACUUUUUACUAGUUUUUAAAAGUUUUUACUACUUUUUGUUUCUUCCUCCCAUCCUAAAUCUCAUGUCAAUGCAACUAUUUAAAAUACUGUAGCAAGACGUUUUUAUUGCACUAUGCCAUGCUUGUAAGGCAUUCUUAAGAAUCUUUUUUUUUUUUUUUUUUUCCUUCUUUUUUUAAACCCCCUGGUUAAAUACCACACACGACAUUCUAGCAUUAUGUAGAUGAGCUGUGUAAACUCCCCUCGCUUAACCGUAAUGGUAGGUCAGUCGCCAGGGCCGCGUUAGUUUUUCAUAUUAGAGUAGUGGCCAUUCAUUUCUAUUUACACUCCGUGUCUUCAGUGUUUGAUUUUGAACUUUAAGACCAUUUUCCCAGUUUAUUCUGUUUGUUGUUGCAUUAACGUGCUGAUAGGAGCAGUAAAGCAAGAAAUCUUUAAGGGAUGUUUAUUAGAUGUUGGAACUCCGUUGUAAUUUAUGUUUGUGUUUCAGUUCUAUUUACAUGUUUAGAAUUUCCUGCGAAACACAAAAAUGCGAAGCCAGUCAGUGGCGACUGAAAAGUAAUUUCCUGAGCUCUGUGGUGCAGAACUGAUUUGAGAAACGUUACGUUUAAUAGCUCGUUACAGAUAGCAUAAAGCUCAUUCGCUGGUCUGUACCACUAUCAAAUAACCACUUUGAUUUUUAAUUCCUUAACCUGUGUUUUCAGUACGUGUGUGAACAUUUGCAACUUCAGUGCUCCACGUAACAAGCCCUUUUAAAAAAUAUAUAUAUUUUAUGAUCGUCUAGAUCAUAAUGGGUCAGUGCUUCGGUAAGCAUGCCCCAGUGGAAACGUCUCCUGAGAAUAUAUACUUUAUUAUUUAGAUAGUUUAGUUUUCUCAGGGUCGUUUGCUGUAGGACUCCUGUGAAUCCUUCGUUAGCAUACACUUUUAAUACGCUUUUUGUUUUUCCAACAGUUUGGUCCAUUGUCAUGUUUUAGUUUUUUUUUUUUAAAGAUUUUUAUAUAUAUAUAAUUUUUUUUUUCUUCCUUUUGUACAGUCAGUCAUUUUCCGUUUGUAUAUAGCGUUGCCUGAGGUUCACGGCUGUCCUCGUGUCUCGAUUUGACUGGGAAUUUAAGGACUUAUUAGGAGGAAUGUUGGGAAUCUCACUGUGGUAGGCUUGGAGAUGGGAACAUGAGCCGGGGCGGGAGAGAGAGAGAAAGAAUGUUUCUGUGAAACUGAUGUAAAUAAAGAUCUUAUAAGAAUUUAAAUGGA